CCAGGGCUGUGUGGGUGCCGGUGGGAGGCUUGUUUUGGGGGGCGGCUUGCGCCCACUAAGGAAACACCUCAGGGACAAUGGCGGAGGGAGAUAAUCGCAGCACCAACCUGCUGGCUGCAGAGACUGCAAGUCUGGAAGAGCAGCUGCAGGGAUGGGGAGAAGUGAUGCUGAUGGCUGAUAAAGUCCUCAGAUGGGAAAGAGCCUGGUUUCCACCUGCCAUCAUGGGUGCGGUUUCUUUGGUGUUUCUGACUAUCUACUAUCUAGAUCCAUCUGUUCUGUCCGGUGUUUCCUGUUUUGUUAUGUUUUUGUGCUUGGCUGACUACCUUGUUCCCAUUCUAGCUCCUAGAAUUUUGGGCUCCAAUAAAUGGACCACUGAGCAACAGCAAAGAUUCCAUGAAAUUUGUAGCAAUCUGGUAAAGACUCGACGUAGAACUGUGGGCUGGUGGAAACGUCUCUUUACACUGAAGGAAGAAAAGCCUAAAAUGUACUUCAUGACCAUGAUCGUUUCUCUUGCUGCGGUUGCUUGGGUGGGACAGCAAGUCCACAACCUGCUGCUCACCUAUCUGAUAGUGACUUUCUUACUGUUGCUUCCUGGAUUAAAUCAGCAUGGAAUCAUUUUGAAGUACAUUGGAAUGGCCAAAAGGGAGAUAAAUAAGCUUCUCAAACAAAAAGAAAAGAAAAAUGAAUAAUGCAGCUGCUUUAUUCAGUGUAAUGAAUGGCAUAUACAUCGUCCUUGGGAACAGUUUCUAUUAUGCUGUCUGGAUACUAAAAUGUUACAGAAGUAGCUCUUUGCUCUCCCUCGUUCUGCCCUUAGUUCGUAGAAAUUCAGACUUGCCAAGUAAGGCUUUAUGUCUUCAUGUGAAGUGUAGCAGAUGCUUUCUCAUCAGUUGGCCUUAUAUGGACAACUCAUUCGUGAGUACUUGUUUUGAUUUUUCUCACCCAGGUUAAUUGAAUUCUUAUUUUUAGGCAACUUCCUUUAAAAUAAUAUAGUGGUGAACUUCACCUUUUAAUACAGUUAACUGUGACUUUGGAUAAUUGUUCCAGUUGAUCUUUGCUUUAGCUAGAUACAAGCUAGUGGUCUGUGGCUACAGGAAGCUGGUUCUACUGUCUGCUUCCACAGUCUGCUUACACUGUCUGGCUUCAUGAAUACAGAGACCAAGUUUACCACUUCCAAUUAAGAGACCAGUUAAGAUUCAUUCCUCAUGCUGUUUCUAAACUGUAGAAGAAUCCUCUGGAAUAAAAUGAAACCAAUUCCAUGCCCUAGUAUAUGUUGGUUUCUGCCUUAUGCAAAACUUAGUAAUUUGUAAGAAACAUUGAUCUUUCCUCCCAAAUGGGGAACAGGACAGGCUUUAAGCUCGUCUCUCCUUGCUCUUAGACUUAAGUUCGUAGAUCCUUAGAAGCUUUUUAAGCAGGCUUCCAGAAACUUGUGUUUAGGAUUUUUAGCAUAUUUUUAAUUUCAGAUUUUCAGCUGACUGAAACUAAAGUAUGUAAUAGGUUAAGACUUAGGUCUGUGACCUUCACUCCAACACCAGCCAAUAAAGGACAGAAGUCUUCCUGUA